UUUGAUACAUAUAAAAAAGAAAGAUAGUAACAAAAAUUUAACAUGAGAGAAUUCUCUUUAAAGAGAGUUCAGGUUCACGAUGUUGAACUGAAGAGAUGAGUUUUAUUCUACUAUUUUCUUUGAAUUUUCUCAUUUUCUGUGAUUGACAUAAAUGUUACCUUAUCCAAUUGACCACAACAAUCCACAGUUUGUGCGGUGUAGCAUUCCUUAGCAAUUAGCACCAUAUCUUUUCAAUGUGGGCCAAAUUCAAAUUGGCACUGGCAAUUGCAACAACAUUGACAUGAAGAUUUCAUGUUGCAACCCUGAUGCUAAUGUCCCUCACUUCAAUACCCCAACAACAAGGUUUGAUUCACAACAAGCUCUUGUCACUCUUGAAAAUUGUUGCAAUUUCAAGCAGCUCAAGCAAGUUCAUGGUAGAAUAAUCCGGUCUGGUCUCACCCAUGACCAAGUGCUUCUCAGGAAGCUUCUUCAGCAUUCUUGUGCAUAUGGCAAAAUGAACUAUGCUAGUUUGGUGUUUGAUCAAAUCAAUGCCCCUGAUUCAUUCACCUGGAAUGUCAUGAUUAGAGGUUGUACUUUGAGUGGUUCCCCUGAACAUGCCCUUGUUUUGUUCAAGGAAAUGCUAUUGAAGGGGUUUGCACCUGACAAGUUUACAUACCCUUUUGUGAUUAAGGCUUGCAUUGCUUCUAAUGCCUUUGAUUUUGGUAGAGCAGUGCAUGCUUUAGCUAUUAAAAUGAGAUUCUGGGGUGACACUUAUGUGCAGAACACUAUGAUGAAUUUUUACUUCAAGUGUGGGAAUGAAGAGGAUGGGUGUAAGGUGUUUGAUAAAAUGCGCGGCUGCAGUGUGGUCUCUUGGACGACUUUGAUUGCUGGGCUUAUUGCUUGUGGGAAAGUGGAUCGUGCCAGGGAAGUGUUUGAUGAAAUGCCUUCGAAGAAUGUAGUGUCGUGGACAGCGAUGAUUGAUGGGUAUGUGAAAUGCCAGCGCCCGGUUGAAGCUUUCGAUUUGUUUGAAGGGAUGCAGAUUGAGAACGUGAGGCCGAAUGAGUUCACUUUAGUGAGCUUGGUCAGUGCUUGUACUGAGAUGGGUAGCCUUAAGUUGGGGAAAUGGAUUCAUGAUUAUGCUAUCAAGAAUGGUAUUGAGCUUGGCCCUUUUUUGGGUACUGCUCUUAUUGACAUGUAUAGCAAAUGUGGAAGUUUAGAUGAUGCAUGGAUAGUGUUUGGUAUAAUGACUGAGAGAAACUUGGCUACUUGGAACACAAUGAUCACUAGCUUGGGUGUGCAUGGGUUGAGCGAGGAAGCCCUAGACCUUUUUAAAGAAAUGGAGAAGGCGAAUGUAGUUCCGGAUGCUGUUACUUUUGUUGGUGUUCUGAGUGCUUGUGUUCAUAUGCAUGAUGUGGAAGAAGGUGAGAGGUAUUUCAGUCUCAUGACAGAACAUUAUGGUAUAUCACCAAUAUUGGAGCACUAUGUAUGCAUGGUUGAACUCUAUACUGGUGAUAGUGAAUUAGAUGAGGUUUACACAUCAGAGGAGGCCAUGUCAUUGUCAAUGAAAACAAAUCAAAAUGUUGUGGAAUUGCUCCAAGAGAGUAAACUCACUAGUGUUGAUGACAUAAAGGAAGUCAUAAACAAGCAUUAUGGGGAUUUGAAUUUCUCAAAACUAGAUUUAGAUCAUUCCUCUGUGAGUUCUGUACCUGAAACCCAGGAGCUUCAUGCAAGUAGAUGAACACUGUUACUUUGUUAACAUUCUCUAUAUGCUAACAUAUCUGCUCUAGAGCUAUUGAGAGAAGCCUGCAUACAUAGCCAACCAGAUGCCUCAAGUUUUGUGUAUAAGAUGCUGCUGGAACCAUAAUCUUCUUGAAUGUCUUUUAGAAUUAUACAAAGUAAUAAUUCUAAUAAUGUAAUAAUACAAAGGUAGACUCCUUGAUAGAAAUAUAUAUUAUUAAUGUAAAUUGUCAAAUUUUCUGAUAAUAAAUUAUAAUUUUGAGUUUCUA